AUGCAGAUCAAGCAUCUGCUCUUCAACUUCCUCGCCCUGGCCGUCACGGUCAAGGCUCUCCCUCACGCUGAGGCCGAGGACUUUGGUCUGGAGGCCCGGGAGGACACCCUCGUUGAGCGCAGUGGCUACGGAUGUGGCCCCGACGCUACCGAGCAGUACGGCGCCUGCGUCUGCAAGGACUCCAAGGCCAAGUGGGACGAUAGCAAGAAGAAGUGCAUCUGUCCCUAUGGCCUGACCCUCAAGAACAGCAAGUGUGUCUGCCCUGACGGACAGACAUACAAGGACGGAAAGUGUCAGCCCAACUGCCCCGACGGCCAAGUCUACAAGGACGGCAAAUGUCAAUGUCCUCCUGGCAAGGUCCCUGGCAAGUACGGAAAGUGCGUCUGCCCCGACGACAAGGUCGAGAAGUACGGCAAGUGUGUCUGCCCUGAUGGUCAAGUCGAGAAGUACGGCAAGUGUGCUUGCCCCGACGGCCUCGAGUGGAACAAGCACACCAAGAAGUGCGAGUGCCCUGAGGGUCAGACUCUCAAGUACGGAAAGUGUGUCUGCCCUGACGGCCAGAACUACAACAAGCACACCAAGAAGUGCGAGUGCCCCGAUGGUCAGGUCUUCCGCUACGGCAAGUGUGUUUGCCCCGAUGGCCUCGAGUGGAACAAGCACACCAAGAAGUGCGAGUGCCCCGAGGGUCAGACUCUGAAGUACGGAAAGUGUGUCUGCCCUGACGGCCAGAACUAUAACAAGCACACCAAGAAGUGUGAGUGCCCCGACGGUCAGAUCUUCCGCUACGGCAAGUGUGUCUGCCCCGAUGGCCUCGAGUGGAACAAGCACACCAAGAAGUGCGAGUGCCCCGAGGGUCAGACUCUCAAGUACGGCAAGUGUGUCUGCCCUGACGGCCAGAACUACAACAAGCACACCAAGAAGUGCGAGUGCCCUGACGGUCAGAUCUUCCGCUACGGCAAGUGUGUUUGCCCCGAUGGCCUCGAGUGGAACAAGCACACCAAGAAGUGCGAGUGCCCCGAGGGUCAGACUCUGAAGUACGGAAAGUGUGUCUGCCCUGACGGCCAGAACUAUAACAAGCACACCAAGAAGUGUGAGUGCCCCGACGGUCAGAUCUUCCGCUACGGCAAGUGUGUCUGCCCCGAUGGCCUCGAGUGGAACAAGCACACCAAGAAGUGCGAGUGCCCCGAGGGUCAGACUCUCAAGUACGGCAAGUGUGUCUGCCCUGACGGCCAGAACUACAACAAGCACACCAAGAAGUGCGAGUGCCCUGACGGUCAGAUCUUCCGCUACGGCAAGUGUGUCUGCCCCGACAGCCAGGUUUACAACAAGUACUCCAAGAAGUGCGAAUGCCCCAAGGGACAGGUCUUCAAGUACGGAAAGUGCGUGUGCCCUGACGGUCAGAUCUGGAACAAGCACAGCAACAAGUGCGAGUGUCCUCGCGGCCAGAUCUUCCAGUACGGCAAGUGUGUCUGCCCCAACGACAAGGUGUGGAACAAGCACUCCAACAAGUGCGAGUGUCCUAAGGGCCAGGUUGAGAAGUAUGGCAAGUGUUCGUGCCCCGAUGGCAAGGUCUGGAACAAGCACGAGAACAAGUGCAAGUGUCCCGACGGCCAGAUUGAGAAGUACGGAAAGUGCACUUGCCCCGACGGCCAGGUCUGGAACAAGCACUCCAAGAAGUGCGAAUGCCCUCAGGGUCAGAUCUUUGAGUACGGCAAGUGUGUCUGCCCCAAGGGCAAGGUUUGGAACAAGUGGCACAAGAAGUGCGAGUGCCCCAAGGGUCAGGUCGAGAAGUACGGCAAGUGUGUCUGCCCUGAUGGCCAGGUCUGGAAGUACGGAAAGUGCCAGUGCCCUGACGGUCAGUACUACGACCGCUGGUCCAAGUCCUGCAAGUGCCCCAAGGGCCUGAGCUGGAAUGGACACAAGUGCCAGAGCAACUGCGGCCCCGAUGCUGAGUACAAGAACGGCGGCUGCGUCUGCAAGAAGAACGGCCAGGUCUUUGACAAACACACCAAGAAGUGCAGCUGCAAGGGCGGCAUGACCUGGGACGACUGGAAGAAGCAGUGCCGAUGCCCCAAGGGCACCAGCUGGAACUCUUACGCCAACCAGUGCCGCAAGGGUGGCUACGGCUACGGAUACUAA